AUGUUUAGGCUGGGCAGGCAGGCGGCCGCCGUGGCCCCCGAGGCUUGGCUGCACCACGUGCUGGGCUUUGUCACCGAGGAUGGAGACACAGCACUUCACUUGGCUGUGAUCCAUGAGCACGAAGCUUUCCUGGACUCCAUUCUGCAAUACACCCAAGGAACAGAUUACCUGGACAUCCAGAACGACCUUGGGCAGACCGCGCUUCACAUAGCCGUCAUCCUCGGGGCGUCCAGCUUUGUCGGCAAACUCGUGUCGGCGGGAGCUGGGCUGUGCGUGCAGGAGAAAGGCGGUCAGACGGCCUUGCACUUGGCCUGUCGAGAGGGAUGGCGGGAGUGCGCUCAGCAGCUUCUCGCUCCACUUGCCACCCAAAGGCCCGGCCAGGGCGACAGUUUCCGGGCCCAGCUGGAUUGCACCAAUUACGACGGUUACAUCCCCCUACAUGUGGCCAUCCUACGGAAAGACUUGGAUAUGGUUAGUCUCUUAAUCUCUGGAGGAUCAGAUCUCAACAAGCCGGAGCUCAGUUGUGGCCGGAGUCCCCUUCACCUGGCUGUGGAGUCUCAGAGCCCUGAAGUGGUGGAAUUCCUCUUGCGUGCCGGAGCUGACCCAGAGGCCCGCAUGUAUGUUGGCUACACGCCCAUGUACAGCGCCAAGCACCGGCCUAACCAAAAAAUCCCGCAGCUGUUACGGGAAUUUGGCUCAGAGGAGGCUGACUGGGAUUCAGAGGAGAGCGUGGACAGUAACAGCGAGGAAGAAUACGACGACAUCGUUAUCAAUUGUGGACAUUAGAAGAGAGCCGAGGAGCCUGCUUGCCCCACACCGGAGUCUGCUGAAGGUGCUCCACUGUGGCAGCUGGCUAUGAUUUCUGUAGCAAUUGCAUCUUCACUGUGAGCUAGACGUGGAUUAUUUAUAAGGGCCGGGAGAGAAGGGGAAGCUGCAUCGUCUGGCCCAGAGCUGUCCUCCCCGGCCCCAUUCCGAUGUACCCUCCGUUAUUUUGUUCUGCUUCAAAAAUGGAUUUCUUGUCUCUGA